AUGAACUACUACAAUCUGAUAACUCUUCAGGAUCUCAAUACGAACUCGGAUGUUGAAUAUCUCACUUUGGUCUGCGGUUCAUUCACCGGUACCUCGUCCGCUAACUUUGCCAUACACGUCAGUCAAAGUACGUGGAAUCAAUCUGUAGCGACACUGGAGAUUGCCGGCACAAUUGCAUCAGGAAGCAAUGUGAAUGUCGAUGCAGGCAGUACUACGGUGAAUAGUGGCACAACUAUCGUUCAACAGGCCGUGACACAGUAUGUAGUAAACGGCAAUCGACAGUUUCAAAUGAAUGGAGGAAAUAGUGGAGCGAGCGUGUACAUCGAUUCAACGUUAACAUCGAAAUGUCAGCAAAUGACAACGAAUUUUCAAUCAUUUUCCUUGCAAUUGGCACAACAACCGGCAAACAAUUUUGCGACCAUUCCUACGUCGCAGCCCGGUCCAUUGAAUCUCAAUGUCAAUGCUUCGGAUAGCAACGGAGUUGCCUACUUCGCGUUUGCCGAUGGUAACAGUGUUCUCAAUAACAAUCUCGUGCAACAGAUUCAAAUUAACAAUCUGAUCAGCGCACCGCUGAUCGUUGUCAACCUGUUCGGUUCCACCAUUUCGUUCGCCCAAGGUAACAUGGUUGGUUCAUGGCUAACCUCGAUAAACGGCCGUAGUCGCACAUUGUGGAAUUUCUACAAUUGUACGACGCUCACUCUUCAGAAUAAUAUGAUGGGCGCUGUGCUCGCUCCUUUGGCGACCACCACGGCGCAAGCCAACAUCGAUGGUGCUACAGCCGUGAAAAGUCUGGCCACUCAGAGCGAACUGCAUACACCACCGCUCAUUUUCCCGAACUGCACGAUUGUACCAACCACCACUGCUGCUCACAUCUGUUCACCACCGGCCGGCUCUACCUACAUGAACUACUACAAUCUAAUCACGCUACAAAGUUUGAACACGAACUCAGAUGUUGAGUACCUGACCUUAGUUUGUGGUACAUUCUCGGGUACAUCAUCGGCAAACUUUGCUAUCCAUGUGGAUCAAAAUACGUGGAAUCAAUCAAUAUCGACAUUGGAGAUUGCAGGUGCGAUUGCAUCGGGAAACAAUGUGAACGUAGAUGCAGGCAGUUGUACGGUGAAUACAAAUAACACCAUCGUUCAACAGGCCGUUACUCAGUACAUCAUUAACUCUAACCGUCAAUUUCAAAUGAACGGUGGCAAUGGCGGUGCUCGUGUCUACAUCGAUUCUACUCUCGUAUCCAAGUGCCAAACGGUCACGUCGGCCCUGCAAGCCUUCUCCUUGCAGUUAGGACAGACCACGCCGAAUAACAAUGGAACCAUUCCCAGCUCACAACCCGGACCUCUCAACCUAAACGUCAAUACCAUGGAUAGCAACGGAAUUGCCUACUUCACAUUUGCCGACGGGAACAGUGUCUUAAACAACAAUCUCGUUCAACAAAUCCAAAUUACCAACAUCGUCAAUGCUUCACUCAUUGUCAUCAAUCUGUUCGGUUCCACCAUUUCGUUCGCCCAAGGCAAUAUGGUCGGUUCGUGGCUCACCUCGUUGUACGGUCGUAGUCGUACACUGUGGAAUUUCUACAAUUGUACGACGCUCACUCUUCAGAACAAUAUGAUGGGCGCCGUACUCGCUCCUUUGGCGGUCACCACAGCACAAGCCAACAUCGAUGGUGCCGCAGCCGUGAAAAGUCUGGCCACUCAGAGCGAACUGCAUACACCUCCAUUGAUUUAUCCAUGCUAA